AUGGACAUUGUCUCUUUACUUGAGGCUACUUUGCAUCAUCUCAUGAUAUUUGUCUUUAGCAUUUUAUGCUGGGAUGACGAAGUUCAAAUGAGAAUGGGGAAAGAGUCUUUAAUGAAUUAUUAUAACUGUAGCAUGUCAUUACCGCCUGUAGAUGAAUGGAAGAUUACUUUCAUGACUUUCACAACCCUUAUAAAAUUAUUUUUGCAAAUAAUGUUUAACGAUUUGAUUCUCGUUAACUGA